CUUUUUGACACUUUCGAUACAAACGGCAAUGGUAAAUUAUCUUAUUCAGAAAUCGAAAGCGUUGUACUCAGAACCUACCCACAACAAUUCAAUAGUAGAAAAAAAGUCAUAAUGCGGGCUUAUCAAGAUGCUGAUGCUUCAAAGAACGGUUACAUUGAAAUCGGUGAAUUUGGUAUUCUUCUUGAUGCUCUUAACCAUUAUUAUGAGUUAUAUGAAAUUUUUCAGAAAGUUGAUAAAGAUAAUGAUGGGCGUAUCGAUUUUAAUGAGUUCAAGAAAGGGCGUAAAGUCUUGAAAUUAAUUGAACUAUCAGAUGCAGAGCUUAAAAUGGAAUUCGAGAAAAUCGAUAUGAAUCGCGGUGGACUUAUUCUCUUCGAUGAA